AUGAUGGCUACCUACGACAGCCCAGCGCCGCAACCCGGCGGCUCGCAGCACCAAUUGCCUCCCCAUCAGCAGUAUCAGCAGGCUCAACGCGUCCAGCAACAGCAGCAUCCAAAGCGGGAUUCCCAGGUCCAGUAUGCUCCCGCUCCCAGCCAACCGACGCCUCAGGUCUCAGCACAGAAGCCGCCACGAAAGUUCCAUGCCUCGCAAGGUAGCAAUCGACCAAGGUCGCGCUCCUUCAGCCUCAGGUCCGAUAAGAGCGGCCAGAGCGGGAGCCAGAAAUUUGAGCCCGAGACGCACGACGAGAAGGAGCGGAAGCGGCUCCACAGCAAGGCCGACCCUAUGUUGGCCAUGACUGAGGCAGAGCCUUCUGCUGUCGCGGCAACUGCCAAAGUCUCGCUUGGCUCGAUCCGUGGGGUGACCCCCCGAGACCGAUUCGGAAACGUUAUCGUUGAACCGGACGUCUCCAACCCUACACGCUCUCGCUGGGAGCGGCCGCUCGACACCAUUCGCAGCUUCGAGGCUGCCAUUGAUGGCGGAUACAACCGCCGAUCAAGCGUCUACCAGCCGAGCGAAGCCGCCGAGUCUGUGUCUGGUGGAAACACCCGUAGAAACAGCUAUUUCAAUAACAACACCUCCCCUCGCUACCCCCAGGAUGCCUACUACGCUCCUAACCCGCACUCUCUCAUACCGGCGACCUAUAGCCAGCAGGAACUGAGACAUCAGCGCGACGCUUACAGCGAGCAGGGAAGCGGGUACAAUGGAGCUGGUCACGCCCACAACGGCGGCGGCUCGCGCCCUCGGUACAACAGGACGGCAACAGAGCCGCAGGCUCAACAAAACGGAUACCGUAACGGCGAACAGAACAUCUACCCGGCUGUGGGUGGCCACCGCUCUUACGAGACGGUCGCCUCUGGCAGCGGUGCGUCCGGCGGCGAGCCUGCCGGCUACCUGACAGAUCCGACGAGCAGCGACAACAGCUCCAUCGACCGUCGCCAGUCGCCCCUGAAGCAGCAGCACAAGCCUGGAAAUGACUAUGGCAUCGGCUUUAGCCAGAGCAGCGCCUACCAGCCGUCAUCCUUUGCUGUCGGUGGGCCUCGCCCUGGCAAUGGGAUGGGAGCACCCACGAAGCUGUCGAUGUCACAGAACUCGGACAAUCUGGCACCGGCACCGCCGCCGAUGCAGCAGGGCGUCAACGUUCUGCGCAAGCCGACCACUCCGGCCCCGGACAAGCGCAAGAGCUGGUUCUCCAGGAAGCUCAGCAGAAAGAGCUGA